AUGGCAAACUCAGGAGAAUUCGGAGUAUUCUCGCUGUUGUCUCGAAGCACCCCGGCUGGGCCCGGUGUGGACAACCGGGGCAGGGCGGUCCGGCAGCGACGUUUCCAUGCUAAAUCUCGACAGGGGUGCAUCACCUGCAAAGCUCGCAAAGUCAAGUGUGAUGAGCGUCGACCAGCAUGCCUGAAGUGCUCCAAAAGAGGCUUGACAUGUGAGUUCGACGGCUCUAGCACGGCAAAAGAAACAUCUGUUAGUCUAGGUCACCAUGGUCAAGAGACUCUCGUAACGGGGAGUGAUCGAUGCGGCGACGAUGAGCGUCAGAACCUGCCGUUGUCCAGCGUGAUCAGUCGACGUUUGCUUUCCCGAACAGGAGAGCUCGGCAUCCCUGGCUUUGACUUAGAGAGUCUACAGCUGAUGUACCAUUUCGAACAUUUCACAUCUGAGACUCUGCUGUUCGAUAAGCCUUUCUGGGAAAAGCACAUUUUCCCCCUUGCUUUACAGCAUGAGUAUCUUAUGCACGCUAUAAUGACUAUCAGCGCAUCCCACCUGCUUUAUCUGCAGCCCAGAGUCCGCGAGCACAGAAAAGCAACAGCACUGCAUCUAGAUAGCGCAUUAUCGGGGUUUAGAGCAAGCUUGAGUGGCCUAAGUCUACCACAGGCCCAAUGUGAUGUCGUGAUCGCAUGUGGUUUCAUCCUCCUCUACUAUGCCUGGUCGGUGCCAUUCUUCAAUACUUCUGAUGAAGACUCGACGACGAUCGAAUCGGAUGGGCUAUUGUGGUUUGCAGCCGGUAUCAAGACUGUUAUUGUAACUAUAUACAAAUUGAAACCCAAGGAUAGUAUGCUACAAGCAUACCUCGAAGCAGAACCCGUCAAGUCCUUCUACGAGUGGUCCGAACAGACCAACUUUUCGUACGACUUCGGACAAGAAUUCCUCGACCAGUCGCAGGCUCCAGUUAGACAUCCGAACCAUGCCUGCGUUGCGGGCUGCGGAAGUGUCAAUGCCGCGGAGCGGCUCGGGCCCGUAUUCCAUGCACUUGAUGCCACUAGACAAGGCGAAGACCUCUCCAUGAUAAUGCCGGCAGUCAUGACAUACAUGCUUAUGUGGCCCUCGAAAGCCCUGCAAGACUUCCAAGACGAAAUCAAAAGGGGGGAUCACAGGGCCUUGAUUACCAUGCUGAGCUUUUACGCGAGCAGUUGGACACUCCUAUCAGGGAGGGCCUGGUGGGCAUAUCAUCGUUCAAAGGUCAUGUGCACUGAGAUUUUAGGUCGUCUCAACACCAGGGGGCCGAGCAUCUGGGAUCAGAAUAUUCUGAAUAUAACGGAAUACUUUGGAUUCAAUAAAAACGUGGACGGGACUUGGGAGAUUGGGGGCUCAAAUCAAAUCAUGUGGCCAGCUUAG